AAUUAUUUUUCACUUUCUCCACUUUCGUUCUCUCCUCUCCUCCUUCCCCACGGCCCUCUCGCCCUCCUCGGCUUGGUCGUUGGCACCGCCGCCCGCCUCCUCCUCGAUCUCCACCCCGCCGCCGUCCUCCAGGUCGGCCGCGAGUAUUUGAACCUCGCCAGGCUGGAGCGGGACCAUAAGGAGCGUCUCUUCAUCUACGUCGGGAACGCGCUCGACGCCACUGUCCUUCAAUAGGUCCUUUUAUCAGGCUGCACGACGCUCUACUGUUCACGACAACUGCUUGCACAAUCUUUCGCUGUUCGAACAACGUUCUACUAUUUGUCUAGACUUUGAUCGGCAUGAUAACUGAGUUUCAAAUUUAGAACUUCGAAAAAGCCCUUCUGCAUGCUAUCAAAGUGAUGAACAAGGCCUAAUCAGUAAUCAGCAAUUUGCAGUGUUAUCAUACACCGACACAAGACCAUAAACAAACUUUACUUAACCAUGGCUCCAAGUUUGAACUCUUCAAAAUCAUUGCAUGACUUUGUGGUCAGAGAUGGCAAUGGAGUGAAAGGCUUGGUAGACUUGGGAUUAUCAGAGGUGCCAGAGAUGUACAUACAACCCCCAGAGGAAAGAAUCAAGAAGGAAGAAUCAAAGUCAUGGGAUGUGCCACCCAUUGACUUGUCAAAGCUGAAUGGAGCUGAGCAUGAGAAAGUGGUGGAUGAGAUUGUUAGAGCAGCUGAGACUCUUGGCUUCUUUCAGGUGGUGAACCAUGGUGUGCCUUUGGAGUUGUGGGAAUCACUUAAAGAUGCUGCUAACACAUUUUUCAGCUUGCCAAGAGAGAACAAAGCUGUUUAUCUCACAGGGGUGAGUAGAAGUGCAAAGGUGAAAUAUGGGACUAGCUUUACACCUCAUAAAGAGAAGAUCUUGGAAUGGAGAGACUACAUCAGUUUGACAUAUAGUAGUGAUGAAGAUGCUCUUCAAUGUUGGCCUAAUCAGCUCAAGGAAGUUGCACUUGAGUAUUUGAAAUUGUCAUCCAAGAUUGUUAGAGACAUCAUGGAAAUUUUGAUUACGAAGCUUGGAGUCGAACUUGAUGACUCAAAAAUUGAAGGCCUUAUUGGUAUCAAGAAGGUUAAUAUGGUAUACUACCCACCAUGCCCAAAUCCAGAGCUUACAGUGGGAAUAGGGCGCCAUUCAGACAUUGGAAUCAUCACAGUGCUACUCCAAGAUGACAUUGGCGGUUUAUAUGUCAAAGUGGAAUCAGAAAAUGAUGCUGAAAAGGGAGAGUGGCUGGAAAUUCCCCCAACCCCAGGAGUUCUAGUGAUCAAUAUUGGUAACACUUUAGAGAUACUAAGCAAUGGAAAGUAUAAGAGUGCUGAACACCGAGCAAGGCCAAGUAGCACCCAAACCAGGGUAUCAGCUGCAGUGUUUACUAUGCCUACAGCUACAGAGACCAUUGGCCCAUUUCUUGAGGUGGUGAAGAAUGAUGGGUUGGCCCGAUACAAGGAUCUAGUUUUCAAGGAUUACAUGGACCAUGUCUUUGGAAAUGUCCAUGAUGGAAGGAACUCUCUUGAUUUUGCAAGGAUCAACUCGCCUAACUAGUAUGAAGAAUUUGAACUAAGAAGUUUGUACUUAAUUUAUCAUUCUGGAAAUUUUAACUAAGUUUGUUCUUCCUUUAUCAUUUCAUGUUCAUGAAUAAAAUCGAUUUUAAAUUGUAUCAUUGUCGAUAAAAUCCCAAAAGUUAGCCAUGCAUCCUAA